CUGCAGUGAGUGCUGAUUAUGCUCACACUGAGUGACAGUGACACCGCUGCACACAGCUCCCUGCAAGGACAGAAAGGGACAAGCAUAACCUCUGCUACACACUGAUCUCUACAAGGGACUGGCAUAACCUCUGCCACACACUGAUCUUAGCGAGGGACUGGCAUAGCUUCUGCCAAACACAGAUAUUUGCAAGGGACUGACAUAGCCUCUGCCACAUUCAGAACUCUGAAAGGGCAUCACGAGACUGCCAUAGCCACUGCCACAGUGACACUGAGCCACCUGCAAGGACAGCAAAGGGACUGGCAUAGCCUCUGCCACACACAGAUCUCUGCAAGGGACUGACAUAGCCCCUGCCACAGUGACACUGAGCCGCCUGCAAGGACAGCAAAGGGACUGGCAUAACCCAUGCCUCAGUGACACUGAGCCGCCUGCAAGGACAGAAAAGGGACUGGCAUAACCCGUGCCUCAGUGACACUGAGCCGCCUGCAAGGACAGCAAAGGGACUGGCAAAUCCUCUGCCAAACUCAUAUACAGCUUCUUUUAAAAACAAGGGACAAUUGCAGCCGCCUGCGUGGGCACCAGGUGACAGCUCCUUUCUACAGUCCCCUGCAUAAGUACCAAGUGCUCCCUCUUACCAGGGGGCCAAGUGUCACCUACAACCUGGUAUCUACUGUAUCAGUGGAGUGACAGGAUCCUUCAUAGCGUCCAAGACUUGCUUAUGCUGGGGGCCCCUCUCAGAUAAUUAUCCAGGAAUGGUGGAUCAUUUGCCUUACACAGAUGAAAGCUUCUCACACCCUCACUCUACCGUUGGAUUCACAACAGAAAUGUUAAUGGAAGAGCGUAGUUAUCAAAUGCUGCCAUCCCCUAUGUCUGAGGAUGACAGUGACUCUUCCAGCUUUCGCUCUUGUUCCAGUCCAGAGUCCCAAGUGCUGAGCUCCAGCUAUGGCAGCACUUGCAGUGUGGAGAGUCAGGACAGUAUCUUAGACUAUCUUCUCUCACACACAUCACUGAGCACCACUUCUACUGUGUGGUGGGAUAAACACAGGCAGCAGUCCAUGGUCAAAGAGGAGAUCUACAAGGUCCCAGAGUUUGGUGUAGACAUGGAGGAGACAUCUUCAUUUCACCCAACUCUGGAUGAGAUUGAAGAGUUUCUAGAGGAGAACAUGAAAAGUGACUUUAAAGAUGGGUCUCAUCACAAUAGCCAGGAACUAAGAAAUUGUGGUGACCAACAUAAGGAAGAAACUGCUGAAAGCAAUAACAUGAAUGAGAAUACAUGUGAGCAAAGAAACAAUCAAUUGCAGGCAGAACAAAAUGCUAAAAACUCCAGUGCACUAGCUGUUGAAGGCGGAAUUCCUGUCAUCCUUCAAAUACAACCUAUAGAGAUCAAACAGGAGUCAAAUGUCGGUCAGGUUUCCCCGUCACAGUUUCCAGACAACAUUAAAGUUGCACAACUUCUGGUCAACAUUCAAGGGCAGACGUUUGCUCUAGUCCCACAACUUGUUCAGUCAUCAAACUUAUCCUCUAAGUUUGUCCGCAUAGCUCCGGUGCCUAUUGCUGCUAAACCCUUGGGCCCCGGGGGCAUUAUUCAAGGUCAUUCUGGAAUAAUGGUGGGACAGAAGUUCCAAAAGAAUCCAGCCACAGAACUUAUAAAAAUGCACAAGUGUACUUUCCAAGGAUGCACCAAGAUGUACACUAAGAGCAGUCACCUUAAAGCCCACUUGAGAAGACACACGGGUGAAAAACCGUUUGCCUGUACGUGGCCAGGAUGUGGGUGGCGGUUUUCCAGGUCAGACGAGCUGUCUCGGCACCGCCGCUCACAUUCUGGGGUGAAGCCUUACCAGUGUGCUGUCUGUGAGAAGAAAUUCGCCCGCAGUGACCACCUGUCUAAACACAUUAAAGUGCACAGAUUCCCUCGGAGCAGCCGCGCCACACGCUUAUCAAACUGACAGCCCUUGAGCCUUGCAUGAAGUGUGCGACACAUCCAGCACUUUGUCCAUCUUCCUGACUUACUACAUGUGGAACAGACUCGGAAUGGACCUUGACAUAGACCAGUCUUAGAACUCAUCUCUAAUAUAAUAUGGUUACAAAUGAACUGUCUGCUCCAGCAGGAACCUGGGAAUGGACACAUGCUUAGAUCUCCUAAGUGGGCCUCAGAACAUUGCUGCCCCAUACAGCAAGAGGGUUUGGAAGGAGACGGAACAAGAUCUCCCUCAAAAAGCUGAAUCACUAAUGUGAUCAAGUCUAGGGCUAACCAAUGUGCUUUAAAUUGUAGUAGAGAAGUCUGUAAUACACAACAUCAGCCCCAAACAGAAGGCUCUGUCUUUUGUAAUGACGGAAUAUGGUACUGACAUAGUGUAGAGGCACUUGGGAUUAUUUUACAAAUAAUCAUCCUGUAAUGUUUUGCUCUUUCUCCUCCGCUAGUUUAUAAGUGCUCUUCCUUAAACCGUCUGAUGCCUUAGUUGGUCUGAUAUCAAAACCAUUUCCCUGUGUAGAGUUAAUUUGGGAAUAUGGGGUCUUCUUUCUUUUUAAAGCCAUAUGAGAGAGUUCUAAACCAUUCAGCUUAGUCUGGGUUUACUGGAAAAGUUUUUUUUUUUUUAUAUACUUUCUGCCCAAAUAAGAGAGAGAGCAUCGCUGAGAUUCUACAAGUAUGGAAAAAUCCAAAGACUACAGUGUUAUAUUAAAGAGGAGUAGUGGGUAUGAACAGGAGGUGGAAGUUACAGAAGUCUGUGUGUGGGCGAUUGAGGAGAAGACAUAGCAAAGAUUAGUACAGAGCCUGGGCAUUACAUUGGAGCACACUGGCUGGGCCAAAUUGAUCUCCUGCUCCAUAUCAUGUGUCCCUACCGGUUGACUGUUUACUUGCUUCUCUGUGUCCAUAUGGAUAGGUUAACCAGUAGAAUAGACCAGUGUUGCUCAUCUCCAGUCAUCAGGGCCACUAAUAAAUAGGUCAUCCAUUACCUAAUAAAUAGGCCUUCAAGACCAAGAUUUGGCAUCUGACUUUCUAGUGGCUCUGGGGCCAAGAGAUAAGUAACAGAUCAAGACUGGUACAUUUAUAAGACUAGUAUAUCUGCUGCUAAUAAGUAAUGUGUCACUUUUACAAAAGUGCCUGAAAUUACUGAUAGAAGUUUAAAAUAUAUAAAGUAUUAAUCAACAGUAGCAAAAAUGACUCUAAGCAGCAAAGCCAAACAUAAAUAACAGUUUACUGUCUAGUUGCAAACACUACAGAUCCGAAGUCUUCCAUAAAACACUAGAUUUAAUUUAUUGGUUAUUUGUGUUCUGUACUUUUUAUAUUUUUAGUGGUUGACCAAGAAAUGCAGAAUUAUUUUAUCAGUUUGUCUUGAUCACAAGCUGUAGUGAUAACAUCUGGCCCUGGGGCACCUAGAACUCUGAGGAGCAAGUGAUGCUAAGAAUGGCAGUUGGUAUCAGAGCUCGUUAGGAACCUCACUUCAUACAUAUUUCAUGGUCCCUUUGUGGGAGAUAAACCAUAUCAGUAUUUAAUAGGCAGAGAGAACAACAUAAACACCAGGGACUUGUUUAAGCCACAAGACCUGCAUCUACUGGACAUCAAUAACUGCGUCUGGUGCUUUCAGGUUCCUCCUUGGCCACCUGAUUAAAGGGGCUCUUCAUGUAUCUAAUGCUGGAAACGUAUGGAACCCGCCUGUUGUCUAUAAAUGUUAGACAUAUAUGUGCUCAUAGCCAGGAAAUUACCGGAUGCUCAUGCUUGGCCACCAAGCUCCUUAAAGGUUCCUGUUGUUGCUGAAGACUAAAUAUAUUUAUUACAGAUAAACAUGUCUGUUUUUAUACCUCACAUUCUAUCACUGCCUGUAUGUACAAAGCCAGGGAAUCGGUAUAAAGUGCUCAUGGACAACAGGAACACAGUCUCUUUCUAAUGUGAAGCUUGAGAAAAAGGGGCAGAAAAUUAAAAAAUGAAUUACCUGUGUUUAAUUAUGUGCAGUGAUUCUUUAUUUUCUGCUAUUCAGUGCUGGAUAUUGAACUUUUCUCAUUUUCUCCAGAGGGGACUGGAGUGUAUCCUGUAAACCUCAGAACUGUGACCCUGCAACAUGUUAACAGCAAUGGCAUGAUCAGUGCAGGAGCUCAUUUAUACAUGUGCCUAACUGCCCAGUGCUAAAAAGAUAAACAUAUUUAAAUGGUAUUUCCUAGGCUGCAAAACCCUGUAAAUUGCACUUAAUUGCUGAAACAUAUCAAGUAUACAUAUAAAAUUAUGUCCAUUUAGGUCCCCAGCAACAGGCUUUUUAGUCCCUCUCUGCUUGGUAUUGUACCCAGCAGACAGUGGACAGCACCAAUCGUGGCAUAGGAUGGGCAUGUUCAGCACCAUAUGUACUGGAACACAAACCAUGCUGUUGCCACACCUAAGCUGGAAUCCUAUAAAGCACACACUAUUGUAACUAUCAUUACGGUUAAAGAGUAUAUAACGCAAUAUAAAGAUCUUCUUUCUGUUGUUUUACUUAUGUCUCUUUUGUCCUUUGCUCCCCGAAUGCGGUAACAGUACUUUAAACAUGUUAUUACACAAUAUAUAGCUCUGUUGCUAAGUGAGGAGAAGGAAUUUACGUACAUUUAUAGCUAAAGAACAAAAUGCCAGCUCCCAGGUGGAUCUAUGCUCUACAGAUGCCUUAGAAUCCACGUACAACAAUAGCUUGUUGUGAUUUCUAAUGCUGCUAUCCUGGCAUUACAAGAAGACUGUCAUCCUGUAGGUAAAAUCAUUGUAAAUGCAGCUGCUGAUGCUAGAAUCCCCCCCAGGAACUAAUAUGAGUAGAUGUGCGAGUAGGGUGACCAUAUUGCCGCUUUAAAAAGGGACACAUAUGAAAAAUACAUAUGUCAGAGUUCAUAUAAUGGAACAUUAUUCAAAAAAUUUCUUUAUACAGCCCUGACAUAUGUAUUUUUCAUAUGUGUCCCUUUUAAAAGCAGCAAUAUGGUUGGCCUAUGUGAGAGGCAGCACACUAUUUAUCUAGAAUCAAGUGUUUUAUUUGCAUUUAUACAUUUAUAAUGUGCAUUUAAUAUUGUGAACAGUCCAGUCCAUCAUGAUUUUCCAGUUCUGUUCUUUUUCUCUAACUGGUGCUGUUUAAAUGGUUGACAGGCGAAGGGGCACUGCUACCCCCAAUCAGUGUUACAGUGUCUUUAGCCAGAGCAACCACUCUUUCUUUUUAUAUUUUAUUUUUAUAUUAAAUCCUCCUGGUAUGUUCUACAGAGCUGCUGUUUUUUGUGUUUUUUUUUUUUGUUACCGGGCAAAUAUAUGCACAUGAUUACAUAGCAGAAAGGUGCCCCAGCCCUUGAGCAAGCAAACACAAGCGGAUUAGAGGACAUCCCUACCUUGUGUUUAAAUAGUGACUCAGUUAUACUGGCUGAGCUAACUACACCCCACUGUGGAUAUUCUGAUACUGGUUUUAGCCUCUGUACUAACUUGUAAUAGACAGAGGCUAUAAAUUCAGACUGCCAAGAGCACCAUAUUAACCCACUGCUGGUAACUCUAGGAUACUUAUCAGCCUCUGCUGAGCCUUUAUUCUGGAGGAUCGGCUGCUGAAUGUAUUAGCUCUUCAUUUUUUUUAUCUUUUUGCUCUUUUCCUGUGAUGUUUGAUGUGAAUAUCACCCACUCUGCCUUAAUCUAGACAAAUGGAAAUAAAGCACAAUUUUACAUAAACUGUUUUAACCUCUUUGUCACCAAAGCAAAGCUGUGAUUUGUAAUGAGUGAAUGACUGUGGUGGCAGAGAGGUUAACCCCCGGGUGCCAGUGAGGGUGGCAACAUAUUGAAUAUAAAUACUUUGCUGCUGUCGAGGGGCUAAGUAGGUUGUGCAUUCCGUAACUGCAGAGCCAGGUUAAUAAGACAAACGUGUAACAAGCGGUUUACGUCUCUUCUUCUGAAUGUAUGUAAAUAAAUGUAUAUAGGUGUCACAAGAUCAAAUGCCUUUCUAAAGUUUAAGAACUUUAUGUAAAUUAAAUCAAAGCUAUAUCUCUAUGAAGACGUUGUACAGAAAUAAUAAUACUGUAUUUUCUCCUACGUUCCUUAUAAAGAAAUAUAUAUAUAUAUAUAUAUACUAUAUUUGACAAUAAAAAAAUUAAAUGACAA